ACGCAAACAAGCUGACUGGAAUGCCCGCAAGCAACACAGAUGGAAUGAUAAUCCACCAUCGGUUUUCUAGCAUGAGAAAAAUAGCCGAGCAAAAUGCUAUCAUCAUCGCUGCAAGAGAGACAAACAAAGUAGAAAGCCCAGCCAUCAACUUCUUGGGAAUAGAUUUGUGGCAAUCUUCCAUAUUGUAACGUGAUGUGAGAAAUCCCAAAAAUAUUAUUACUGAGGCAGCUGCAGCAAACAGCGAGAUUGCAUCGGAUAUUAUGUAUACCAAAAAUGCUGUUUUGUUUUUGAAUAUUGGAAAUCCCUUAUUUUGAUCGUUACCCCCGGGAAGGGUAAAAGCUGCGGCGAACAUUACGGUGAUGAUGAGAGCGCCAACAAUUAUAUAUGAUUUUGCUAACCCUUUAUUCCAAUCCUCUGCUUCCUUAAGCAAGACCUUGUGCUCUCUAGCCAAAACUUGGUAAGCAGUUUCACCAUUGUUGUUUUUGGCAUCUUUAGCACGCUGGUUAACAAUGCUU